AUACAAACAAUGUGACGCAACUUGCUUGCAUGUAGUUAGACUGCUAAAAAGCAGCAGAAGAAGACAUCGAUUCAUUCGUAUUUUUACCGAGUUUACAUUGGGGUGAAUACGUUGCACUACACCCUACCAACAGCGGUGCAUUAUUAGCUAAAGAUGUCUGGACGUGUGUGCGCCAGCAUCCUUCAAAGAGCUUCAAGCUACACUUCGACACUUUCUUGUACUGCCCCAUUCCAGUACACCCACUCCGUAGGAUUUCCCUCAUCUCAACCUCCAGCAGCCCGUCAGUGUCACUUCUCAUCCUGGGGUAACGGUACCUCCAGAUCAGGGUCGUGCUUUACUAGCGACGAGUCCGGAAGUCGGUCCCAAAGUGGGCGGCACCUCUCAACUCAUCAGAACCUCGACUUCCAGCUCAGUCAGGUCCAAAUCAACAGUAUUCUGCGAUCUAAUGAGCAGACAGUGAGUGUGCCAGAGUUUGAUGGCAGGGUACUCAGUGCUGUGAAAAAGUUUGAGAGCAACCAGUUGGCUGCUAACACACCUAACGAAGAUCGUCGUAGUGCAGCCACCUGCUUACAGUCAAAGGGCAUGCUCUUUGGAGUAUUUGAUGGCCAUGGGGGCUGGGCAUGUGCCCAGGCUGUCAGUGAGCGUCUGUUGUACUACACUGCAGUUGCAAUGAUGUCAGAGCAGAUCCUGGAGGAGCUUGAGAAAUGCAUGGAGCAUGGCAGAGCUGUUCCUCCCAUCUUGCAGUGGUACAAACACCAUACAGACUUUAACUGUCGUGAAUCUGCUUCCCUCUACAUUGACCACCUGAGAGUCUUCUGGCAAGAAUUACUGGACAGUGAGGAACAUGGAGAAGGCAUGGGUCCUCUGGAUGCUCUGGAUUGUUCUUUUAAACGGCUCGACGCUGACAUCUCCUUGGAGGCUCAAGUUCCCUUUUCCAAUGAUCUGAUGAGAAGCACAGCCAUCCAGGUUGCAUUUGCUGGUUGCACUGCCUGUGUGGCUCACGUUGGCACAGACAGGAUCCACGUGGCGAAUUCCGGUGACUGCCGAGCAGUUUUGGGGGUACUGAAGGAGGACGGUUCAUGGAGCGCUUUGCCCCUUUCCCAAGACCACAACUCACAGAACCAUGCUGAGAUGGAGCGGAUCAAGGCCCAGCACCCGCCCUCAGAGAGAGACACAGUGGUCACAGAUGACCGACUGCUCGGGGUUCUGAUGCCCCUCCGUGCGUUUGGUGACGUAAGAUUCAAGUGGAGCCUUGAGUUGCAGCAGAGCAUUUUAGCCUGCCUGGAACCUGGAGUCGACUUGGACUCUCUCAACCUGUACCACUACACUCCACCUAACUACCUAACUCCACCCUAUCUGGAUGUGGCACCCGACAUAACCUGUCACAAGCUGAGACCUCAGGACCGCUUCCUGAUCCUCGGCACUGACGGGCUGUGGGAUGAACUAGGGAACGAGGAGGCUGUACGACUUGUCGGAGAGCACCUUAGUGGGAUUCACCUACAGGCUCCCGUUUCUCCAUCUGAGAGGCAGAUGAAAUUGGGUCAGAUGCAUGAACUCUUGCUGAAACGCCAGGCCCGUGCCUCCCCCGCUUUAGAUACCAAUGCUGCUACACACCUCAUCAGACACGCUCUGGGCACUGGGGAGUAUGGAGAACUGUGCCACGAGAGGCUGGCCUCUAUGCUCACUUUGCCAGAGGACCUAGCUAGAAUGUACAGGGACGAUAUCACAGCAACUGUGGUGUAUCUGAACUCUGACCUGGCCAGACACAGCUAACAGAAGUUUUUUUGUAUUUUUUUAUAUUGCUAGACUGUUCAUGUCAUAGUCAACAUUUCCUCCAGACUGUCAUUUUCUGGAUAUUUUGGGACAAAAAGGAUGAUCAUUACAACCUGUUGCAUUCAAAGGUUUAAAGAUAUUUGUAACUGUUAACAAAUAUUUUUAAAUGAAUGGGCAGUUUUCAGUGUUGUAUUAUGUAGUGCAGGUACAAGUAAAGAACCGCUGUCCCACUGUUCCUCAGUUUAUUCAUGGUGGACAUUUUAUAUAUAUAUCACCUGAGUCACGUGUCAAAAGUGGAAAUGUUGGCAGUAAUCCCAACGCUACAGAAUAAUGCUGACACUCCUUUUGUUCCUGUCUAAAUUUUUGUUUCUAUUUCUCUUGCACAGUUGGCUCUAGAACAGCGCGGGCAAUGGGCCACUACUGAGUCCCGCGCUUCUAAUUUUUGUCCACAUGUACCCUUACCUUUAAUUAGUCCUUAAUAGGCUGAUGUCACUGAUAUCACAUAUAUAGUGUCUAUGGCAGUUUGUUCCAUAAUAGGCUAUAUAUCAUGAUUUAUUUGGAGAAACCAAGCAAUUCUAUGUAAAAUAAGACAUUCAGCACCCCAUAUAGGCUGAAUGGAAUGAUCCUUUGUUCCACAACCAUAUUUUCAGACAAUGCGUCAAUUUGAGUGUAAGAUUGGCAGUCAAAUCAGGCUCCUUAGAUCGAAUUGUUGAAUAUUCAACUAUACAGGGCCACUCUUACAAUACUGUGUGUGUGUGCGUGUGUGUGCGCGCGCGUGUGUGUGUUCAAGAUGUAUGUGAUGUCAUGUCAUGCAACUGCUGAAUUAGGGUACUGGCACUUUGUUUAGACCAAUUCAGGCACUGCUCUAUGACUUUAUUUUUCCAACUACUUGGCUGUUUAGCUGCGUGUAAGCUGGGAAGCAUAGUUUUAAUGUUGUGUAAAUUUACGGUCUUCAGUGUUGUUAGAUGUAUAUAAGUUGACACUCCACUCAACAGUGCAUAGGCUUCAUAUUAAACAAUUGUUAA